CAGUUCCGGGUCCUCCUGCUUUCCCUGGUCCGAAGCCUAGCGCGGCGGCUGUGGUAGGCGGAGGAGGUUCCGUGCUUCCGAAGAGAGCGGAAAAAUUCUCCAUCAUCCCGGCGUGCUCCGCGCAAUCUCCUCCCAUUGGCUUCGUAUCUUGGCAAUCCCCUAUGUUCGCUUUGUUUUCAUUGGAGGGUAGUGAACCUUCCUCUGCAUUUGAUUGGCUAACUACCCUGGAAACUCGACCGUUUUCCGAUUGGCUGGUUUCUUCGUCUUCAGUGGCGUAUUUUUAGAUGGCGGUCUUACGUCAAUAGAAUGCGUCAGGGACCAAAAACAGUCCCUUGUUUGUAUUGAGUAGCCCAUAGUGAUUCCGAAGUUGGCCAAUAAAGGCGCGCGGUGUUCUUCUAAGCUCUGCCUUUUCUUUGGUUGACGUUAGCAUUGGCUAGUUAGUCUGAGUAAAAGAACGAAGAGCGUGUGUGCUGCAAGAGGGUGGUGAUAGUGUAGCGCCGGAGCUCGGUCAGUGUGAGGUGAAGAUGGCGGUGCUUGCUCCGCUGUUGGCUCUGAUCUAUUCCGUGCCUGGAAUCUGCCGCUGGUUAGCCCAGCCCUACUACCCGGUAUCACUGCUGCUCUCAGCUGCCUUCUUGCUCGUGCGGAAGGUACCGCCGUUAUGUCACGGGCUGCCUACCCAACGUGAGGACGGGAACCCUUGCGAUUUCGAUUGGCGGGAGGUAGAGAUUCUUAUGUUCCUCAGUGCCAUUGUGAUGAUGAAGAACCGCAGAUCCAUUACUGUGGACCAGCAUGUGGGGAACAUCUUCAUGUUCAGCAAAGUAGCCAAUGUUAUCCUGUUCUUCCGCCUUGACAUCCGGAUGGGACUGCUCUACCUCACCCUCUGUAUAGUGUUCCUGAUGACCUGCAAGCCACCUCUGUACCUGGGUCCUGAAUACAUCAAAUAUUUCAGUGAUAAAACCAUAGAUGAGGAACUAGAACGGGACAAGCGGGUAACCUGGAUUGUGGAAUUUUUUGCUAACUGGUCCAAUGAGUGUCAGUCAUUUGCUCCCAUCUAUGCUGACUUGUCUCUCAAAUAUAACUGCACUGGAUUGAACUUUGGGAAGGUGGAUGUGGGCCGCUACCCUGACGUAAGCACCAGGUACAAAGUUAGUACUUCUCCUCUCACGAAGCAGUUGCCCACACUGAUCCUUUUCCAAGGUGGGAAGGAGGUGAUGCGCCGGCCACAGAUUGAUAAAAAAGGCCGAGCAGUCUCAUGGAAUUUUUCAGAGGAGAAUGUGAUUCGGGAAUUCAACCUGAACGAGCUGUACCAGAGAGCCAAGAAAGUGUCUAAGCAGUCUGAGAUCCCAGAGGAGUCUCCAGAACAGCCUGCUGUCACUGGGUUCCCCAAUGGAGAGAGCAAAAAGGACAAAUAGAGCCCAGAGGACUAGAGUGUGCUCCCUUACUCCCCAUUCCUCUUCCAUUACCGUCCUGAUACCUCUCCUGGGACAUCAGCCAAAAGCUGCUUUCACCCUACAAUGCUGGUGCUGGGAGACGAUUGUAAUUGCCAAGGAGCUCCUCUCUUUGGAGUGUAAUUGACAGGGAGCUUCUGUCCUCCUGGGCUCAGGGCCUUUCUGCUGGUGGUCACGUUCCUUUUGGAUUUUUGUCCCUGACCCUCCUUCCAGGAGCUGCUAAAGGUAGUUUCAGUAGAUGAGAGCCAGCAAGGUGAGAUGUGCUACUCCCCCCCUUAUGGAAGCUAGAACCCAUGAAAACAUUGGCGCAUCUGUGUGAGGGGUUGCAAGCUUCUCUGGCAGUGACUAAGAGCUACUGAGAAAAGCAAGAACUCAGUGGGCACUGUAAAUGGGCAAGGAGGAGGAAACUCUUCCUUCUUUGUAUCCACGUUGGUUCAGUGGAAAAUCUUGGCAACUUCAUCAGUUUUGUUGGAAUCUGCUCCUCUCCCUCCUGUCAAAGCUAUGACAUCUCACUCCUGUUUGAAAUCAUCUUACGCAGGGUAAUACCUGUAUCUUCUCAGUCACAGAUAUCAUUGACCAGUUUUGACCACUUUCUACCCACUGCCCUCUAUUACAGUGACAGCAGAACUUCUAAUGUUCUCUCUUUCCAUCUGUUUUGGGCUUUAAAAGCUGAAGGGCGGAAGUAGAAUGUCUGCUGAACCUGAAUGUCCUGCUGUGCCAGAGGGUAAAUGGCUGCCACACAGCCCUAAAAGAUUCCUGCUUUUCUACAUCAUUGUCAGCUGUUGGCUUAGUGUAAUAUGCUGAGGGGGUGUAGUAACAAAGGCCUCUCCCUUGAACUGGAGGAGUGGCUGCUGCUACCAUCUACCCUGCAGGGAUCAUAGCUUGCAGGGUGAUUGCAGUUGCUGUUAACUCCCCUGUCCAACAAAGGGAGCUUGCCUAUGGAUAGAAACAAGCUCCGCUUCACUAUACUCAUCCAUCUUUUUACUUCUGUUGAUGGUCUUCUAUGGUUAUCUCUAAUAAAUAAACCUGGAAAUGUC